GAGGGCGGGCGUGUGACUCUUUAAUUUCUAUCUUAUGGAUACAUAUCAUAGGCUACAGAUAUCUUAGGUACUAUAUAUACAUACGUUGUACGUUGAUUGUAUUAAGAGAUCAGAUCGAUCGAUAGCUAGGAUGAGCACGUCUGAAUUAGCAGUUUCAUCCGUCUCCAAAAGAACCGUUGUUAGCACCAAACCUGUACAACCUGCAGGGAAGUUCUCCCCUUUAUCCGUUCUCGAUCGCGCUAUGCAACACUACCUCAUACGUCUUGUUUUCUAUUACAGAAAAAUUGAUAAAAAGGUGAAGUUGGGUGAGUCAAUUUGUGAGACUUUGAAUGCUUAUGAAAGAAUGACGGGAAGACUGAUGAGAUCAUCAGCGGGAGAUGAGAAGUGGUUGAUGAAAUGCAAUGACGCUGGGCUGCGACUCGUAGAGGCCAAAGUCAAAGGGAUUACGGUGACUCAGUGGUUACAAAAUGUGGAUCGGGAGAAGGAGCUUCAGCUUGCCCAUUGGGACCCUAUCUUACCCGACCCCUAUUUCUCUUCGCCCUUCUAUAUUCAGAUAACCGAGUUUGAAGAAGGCGGAGUAGCUAUUGGGCUAAGCUGCACACAUCUCCUUGCUGAUCCCGUUGCCGGCACAAUGUUCAUGAAAGCAUGGGCAGACAUUUCCUUGGAUGGAAAAAUGAUGUGUCCGCCUCACUUCCAUCCCUUAUCGGCAUUGAGAAGACCGACAUCAGUUAACAAACAAGUUUGUACUUAUAAUAAUAACUCCCUGAUUAAACAUUACAAAUUCUGUACCCAGAAACAAAGGUGUGAAAUAUAUCCGGCCAAACGAACGACGACGAUCACUCUGCUCUUCUCGGACGAAAUGGUGAUCAAGUGCAUGCAAAUGGCACAAAUAGUACCGGAGGCCCACGGUGGGGGCGUGUUUGAGGCACUUGUCGGGCUCUUCUGGACACGCAUAAGCAAGGUCAAGAAUGUAGGACAAUCAAUGGACUUGAUUGUUGGAUUGGACGUCAGGAAAGUGUUGGGUUUGGACAAAGGCUUCUUCGGAAACUGCAUGGUUUAUAACAAG